UGGGAGCGGAUGCGGGUGCAAGGACUGGCGGGGUCUGUAGUUCGUACAAAUCUGCUUCCUCAAUAAACCCACAGUACAAAUUCCACUUAAGUCCUUGACGGAAGAAAGUUGGAAAAUUGAAUUACCUUUUAGACCGCACGCCAGUGAGAUGGGUCGACUUGACGGAAAAGUGAUCAUUCUCUCAGCCGCAGCACAAGGCAUUGGGCGGGCAUGUGCAAUUGCAUUUGGAAAAGAAGGUGCUAAGGUAAUUGCUACCGAUAUAAAUGAAGAGAAGCUAAAGGAAUUGGAGCAGUAUCCAGGUAUUGAAACUAAAGUGUUAGAUGUGACUCAGAAAGAACAAGUCGAAAAGUUGGCCAAGGAAAUUGAGAAAAUUGACAUCCUGUUCAACUGUGCAGGUUUUGUCCAUCAUGGCACAAUUUUGGAAUGUGAAGACAAAGACUGGGACUUUACCAUGAACCUUAACGUUCGCAGCAUGUAUUUGAUGAUCAGAACCUUUUUACCUAAGAUGCUUGCUCGGAAGUCUGGCAACAUCAUCAAUAUGUCCUCUGUUGUAUCCAGCAUCAAAGGCGUUGUAAACAGAUGUGUGUACAGUACCUCCAAGGCAGCUGUUAUUGGACUGACUAAAUCUGUUGCUGCAGACUUCAUUGAACAAGGCAUAAGAUGCAACUGUGUAUGCCCUGGUACUGUAGAUACGCCAUCCCUGAGAGAGAGAAUCCAAGCUCAGCCAAAUCCACAACAGGCUUUGCAACAAUUCCUGGAGAGACAGAAGACUGGUAGAAUGGCCACUGCCGAGGAGGUGGCCCACCUUUGUGUGUAUCUGGCAUCUGAUGAAUCAGCCUAUGUGACUGGAAAAGAAUUUAUCAUCGAUGGAGGAUGGAGCUUGUGAUUAUUAUAAGGCACAGAUGGUGAACAAUACAAAUUACCUGAUUCAACUCAGCCAGCUGGAGAUGGUAUUCUUGCACUUAUGAAUGGAUGACUUGUCAUUUUUCAGUUCUGUACAUUUGAAACUGAUUUUUUCAAUGUGACUCUCCAGACAGGGACUCACCCACCAGGACUGCAGUUCAGCCUAUCAUCUAACUACUUGCCACAUAUUUAAAUCCCUAAUGAAAUUCCCAAAAAGUCUGUGCCAUAGAAGCAUGCAUGCAGAAAAUCAUCCACAUAGAUAAUGAUACAGCACAGAAGGAGACCAGUCAGCCCACUGUGCCUGUGCCAGCUCUUUGAAACAGCUAUUCAAUUGAUUCCACUCCCCUGCCCUUUCCUCUUAACCCUCCAAAUUCUCUCUUUUCAAAUAGUUAACCAAUCUCCUUUUGAAGUUGCUGUUGAAUCUGCUUUCAUCACUCUUUCAGGCAGUGCAUUCCAGAUCUUAACAACUUGCUGAUUUAAAAAAAAUGUUUGUUCCUUAUUCUGCAUUGCCUCUGGUUCCAUUUACCAGUCACAGUAAAUCUUUGUUCUCUGGUUAUUGACCCUUAUUUACUUAAUGAUUUUGAACCCGUCCAUCAAAUUUUCCCUUUCUCUGAUCUAAGGACAGCAACUCCAGUUUCUCAAGAUUUUCCACAUAACUAACCAAUCUACUAAAUUUCCUUAAUAAAAACAGAAA